AUCCGAAAUUAUCGCUUGAUACGAUUGACAAUCCAAUAUUAUUGUAAUCACAUUGCUCUUCGUCUCUUUUUCCUUAUAACAUACAUUUAACAAUGAGAACAAUUCGCGAGAGUACGUUUGUACAAAAACCUGCAUACGACAUGAAUUCAUAUAUGGAAGAAUACUAUGCCAUUAAUAAAUUCUUUUUGUCACAACUCGGUGGUUGGCCAUAUCAGCGUAAAGUACUGAGGGUAUUGAUACCAUCUCUCUUAACAAUGGUGCAAUAUUCUGUCAUUGCAACCGAGGUGCUCCUUUUAUACGAUACUUGGGGUGAUAUAGAUAUUUUUGUUGAAGUUAUAAUUACUACUAUACCGAUAUUGGCUUCUAACUUAAAAUUACUUAAUAUCGUUGUGAAUAAUGGCAAAUUGCGAUGUUUAUUGCAACUUAUGAAUGAUCAUUGGAAGCUUUUUAAUAGCGAAUUCGAACAUCAUACCUUGAGAUAUUAUGCUAAUAUCGGCCGAAAAUUAACAAAUUAUUUUGGAGUAUAUAUGUGCUUCUUUUUUAGUUAUUUUAUUAUUGUCUUGACAUUUUAUUUACUAAUUCCAUUAAUACCAAGAGUCUUGGAUAUCAUAAUUCCAUUGAAUGAAUCACGACCAUUGGCAUUUGUAUAUCAGGCUGAAUAUAGAGUGGACAAAGAGAAAUAUUAUUAUCCGAUCAUGUGUCAUGCCUAUAUUUCGACAUUAAUUAUAAUUAUAAUUUUGUUCACCGUCGAUACCACGUACAUAGUGUGUGUACUGCAUGCUUGCAGUCUAUUUACAGCUAUUGGCCAGCGUCUUGAAAAUAUUACUGGCAGGACGAACGACAAAAAACCAAACACAGAGAAGUAUUAUUAUUUACUCAAGGAGUCACACGGUUCUGUUGGCAGUGAUUACCAUGAAUUGAUAACGUGCUUGAGAAAACAUCAAUUUGCAUUAGAACAUGUCCAAAUAUUGGACUCCAUGUUCACUCACGUGACGGUGUGUCUUUUAACAAUGAAUGUGCUGAUUUUGAGUGUGAUGGGAAUACAUCUUAUCAAUAAAUUGGAUCAUACUGGAGAAGUAAUAAGAUAUGUUUUUGUAACUAUCGCUGUAUUUACUCAUCUUAUAUGUAUGUGUGUUCCUGGACAAUUAUUAAUUGAUCGAAGCACAGGAGUUUUUGAUAAAGCGUACAAUUCUGAAUGGUAUACAUUUUCUUUGAAAACUAGGAAUUUAUUGAGGAUACUUCUUUACAGAAGUUUCAUUCCAUGUACGCUCUCGGCUGGAAAAUUAUUUGUUAUGUCCAUGACAAUGUGCAGUUCGGUAAUGCAAACAGCCAUGUCGUACUUUACCGCUAUAUUAGCAAUGAAAUAAAAAUGCUGUUGCAAUUAUAUUAUAAACAUCUUCGCAAAAUAUCAUAUCUAGAAAAGUCAUUAGCAAAUCAUUGUAUUUUGAAAGGCAUAUUAUUAUCAUAA